AUGGAUACAAAGAUACCUCACGAUGACGAGGUUUACGAUGCUAUCAUCGUAGGCGCCGGCCCAUGUGGACUAGCAGUCGCCGCUCGUCUUCGUGAACGCACCCCCGCCGCCCUCUUCACAGACGAGGAGCAUCGCCGCUAUCACUGGAUCGGCAAACAUGGCAGCAAGGUCUCCCUGAAGCACGUCCGCAGCGGGAAGCUUUCGUCAGCCAACACGAAGCAGCGGAGGCCUGAUUACAACAUCACCAUCCUCGACUCUACCGAGGAUCGUUGGCUUUCUCGAUGGAAGAGGCUCUUUGAGGCUUAUGGUAUCUCUCAUUUGCGCAGCCCAAUGCUAUGGCACCUUGAUCCGCUAGAUCGAGACGCAUUGCUGGCCCAUACCUAUCGCACCGAGAGGGAAGACGAGAUCGUUGAGAUACGCAAUUGUGUUGGCAAAGAGGUCAGCAAGCACGGCAAGAAGAAGGGAGUGGGCUGCAACAAGGCCUGUGGGAACAAACAGAGUGCCCGAGUGGCCAUCAACCUACGAGAGCGCAACGACUACUACACCCCCUCACAGUCUCUCUUCUGUGACCACUGUGACGAUGUCAUCGACCGAUACAGGCUUUCUCCUGAACUGAUCCACAAGGAAACCCUGGAGGAUAUCGACUACAGCGUCGUGAGAGGCGUCUCCAUCGACGAAGAGGACCUCUUCACCGUCAGAUCCAACCUCCGGGUCCGUUACGCCAGGACGGUCAUCCUAGCCGUCGGCCCCGCCAACGUGGCCAACAUCCCAAAGCUCCCUUCCAUGCCGCAGCAGCUGCCCCUCCCACAGGCCUGCCACAGCAUGCAGAUCAAGAGGAUACCGGACCCCGUCGUGCAGAAGAGAAUCGACGCGCACAAGGCCACCCACAUCCUCGUCGUCGGCGGCGGCCUCACCUCCGCUCAGAUCGUCGACCUGGCCCUGCGAAGGGGCGUGACCAAGGUGUGGCUCAUCAUGCGGGGGCCGUGCCGCGUCAAGCACUUCGACGUGGACCUGGACUGGAUGGGCAAGUACAAGAACGCGAAGCAGGCGCAGUUCUGGACCGCCGAGUCCGACCUCGAGAGGCUGCAGAUCAUCAAGGAGGCGCGCGGCGGCGGCAGCUUCACGCCCGUCUUCCACAAGCGGCUGAAGAAGCACGUCGCCGCCAAGAAGCUGGACAUGCACACGAUGACGCAGCUUGUCGAUGCCAGGUUCGAGGAGGACGGGGAGGGGGUCGGCAGGUGGACCGUGCAGACCGAGCCGGCGAUUUCUGAGCUCCCGUCAUUCGACUACAUUUACUUCGCCACGGGGAUCCAGACGGAUUUCACGAAGCUGCCUUAUCUGCAGAAGAUGCUGGAGAAACACCCCAUCAAAGGUCAUGGGGGGUUUCCCUGCCUGAAUGAGGAUCUCAUGUGGAAGGAUGGCGUGCCCCUGUUCAUGGUGGGACGUCUUGGUGCGUUGCAGCUGGGGCCUGCCGCUCCCAAUAUUGGAGGGGCCAAGAUUGGCGCGGAGAGAGUGGCGUGGACCAUCGAGGACCUGAUCAAGCCUCCGGGGGCGGACGUCUGGAGGGACGAUCACGAGGAGAGUGCAGGGCUCAGGGGAUAUCUGUCAGGUCACGGAAACAUGUACAAUGCUCUAGCUGUCGAGUGA